AUGGGCGCAGUUACCAAGCUCAAUCAAAUCAAAGGCUACUACACGUCGCUGGGACUCUUCGUCAUCUCGGUCCCCGGGCUCUGGUCCCUCAUCAAGCGCUCUGUCAAGUCCAAGGUGGUGCAGAAGGCGUACGUGAAGAAUGAAGGGGGAGGGGCGCCGCCGAAUCAGGUGGCGGGAGAGAUCCUGUCGUUUUUCACGAGGAAUAACUUCGCCGUCGCCGACCGAGGAGAGACCAUCACGUUUGAAGGGAUGAUGGUUCCAAGCAGAGGCCAAGCAGCAUUGCUCACCUUCUGCACUUGCAUAAGCCUCGGCAGCGUCGCUCUCGUCCUCUCCAUCGCAGUCCCUGAAGGCGGCAACAACUGGUUCUGGCUCACUGCUUUGAGCCCUUUAGCGGGAGUUUAUUACUGGACGAAAGCGUCGAGGAAAGAGGAGAUCAAGGUGAAAAUGAUAGUGGGGGAGGACGGGAGCCUGUCAGAGAUUGUUGUUCGUGGAGAUGACGAGCAAGUAGAGAGGAUGAGGAAGGAGCUUGGGCUCAGUGAGAAAGGGAUGGUUUAUGUCAAAGGCAUCUUUGAGAGACAGUAGUAGAAAUCUAAACACUUCAAUCUUAAAACAUAUACAAAGGAUAGAGAAUUUUCAGUUCUCAUGACAAUUUUGUUGUAUUCAGAUAUGAAGACUAAUGCAAAUGAUUUCAGUUGUAGGUUGAUACAAUGAAUUUGGUUUCAUUAAAUUA